AUGCACGUUUAUAUACUUUUUUGGAUUUUUGGUCCAACAUUUUUUGGAUUUGUGUCUAGCCAGUGUUUAGAAGACGACGAUGCCUAUAUUGGUGGACUGUGCUACACAGUCUCCCCCUUCAAGGAAUCCUUCCCAGUUGCUCAGAACGCGUGUCACCGGAAAAAUCAAAAUUUGGCCAUAAUAAAGAAUAGUCUACAGGCUAAUUAUCUUGCCAAAUUCUCCCAAAACCAAUUAUGGGUCGCUGAAAGUACCCAAAAUGGAAAAUGGACAACUUUAGAUGGUGAAGAAGCUCAUUUCUUUGUUUGCAGUCAUGAUCCGUCAGCUUCUACUCCACAACCAUCGCCGACACCUGACGACGGCUCCACAACUUAUGGUCCAUGGGAGACAACCCCAUACCCCGACGACGGCUCCACAACUUAUGGUCCAUGGGAGACAACCCCAUACCCCGACGACGGCUCCACAACUUAUGGUCCAUGGGAGACAACCCCAUACCCCGACGACGGCUCCACAACUUAUGGUCCAUGGGAGACAACCCCAUACCCCGACGACGGCUCCACAACUUAUGGUCCAUGGGAGACAACCCCAUACCCCGACGACGGCUCCACAACUUAUCGUCCAUGGGAGACAACCCCAUACCCAGAUGACGGCUCCACAACUUAUCGUCCAUGGGAGACAACCCCAUACCCAGAUGACGGCUCCACAACUUAUCGUCCAUGGGAGACAACCCCAUACCCAGAUGACGGCUCCACAACUUAUCGUCCAUGGGAAACAACGUCCUACGAUGAUUACGGUACCACUGAUUACCCGGAUUACGGUAGUACAGACUACCCGGAUUACGGUACCACUGAUUACCCGGAUUACGGUAGUACAGACUACCCGGAUUACGGUAGUACUGAUUACUCGGAUUACGAUCCUACCACUGAUUUUUCCCAAAUUCGAAUCAACAAACUUCCAAAACCACUGAGAAGAUUUUUCCAGAAAAAGCGUUAA